UUUUAGAUAUUGGUAAUUACUCUUGGAUGUACUUUUCUAUGUUACUGUGUUUCUGACCCCUGCAAUUUUUUGUACUUGUGCGAUAUUUCUUUUCUUGGUUUAGUCCGGCCAGCUUAUUAUGAACGGACAGGAUCGUCGGCUGUGGUUGCGCUAUCUUGUGUGUGCCAAGACAAUGCUGAAAUUUUGGCUUAAUAAAGGCUAAAAGAAAGUUGUUAAGAUUUAUGUAUAUGUUUUUCUAAAUAUACAUAAAUCACCUGAUUGGGAUUUCAUCUGUUUACUUCCAAAAUAAAAUAAAAUAAAAAACAUUGUUUGUUUUGCUAAAUAGUUUGCAGAAAGCACCUGUUUGUUUUGACAGGAACUACAUUACGACUGGAAUCCCCCUCGAGAAAUCCUUUCAAGCACGUGCAAGCGAAUAAAGCUCUUGAUCGAUCAGCUUUUGGUAUUAACCUAAUUGUUUGCCUGCAUAAAAGGAUUUUGGAGGGCAACUAAUUAAGAGUGUCCACAGACUUCACCGCAAUUGGGUAAAAGUAGCCAACUUGCAACUUCAAGUUUCGUUAUCGAUCACCGAGUUCGCUCAUCUCAAGCUUUUCUGGCGGCCAACUUCUGCACGGGCGGACGCAGUCGAUACAUCAUCGGAACUUGCGUUGAUCCCUCGUUUCCAAGAACAAAGCCAAUUGCCUCGAAAGAGUGAAGCUCAAGAGGUCGUUCUGAUACAAAGCGUUUCUCCACAGUGACCCUCCGUUACAAUCCUCCCAUCCAAGCUAGAUCUCAUGCAUCAGGGACGGACAAGAAGAAGUGGGAUGAGGAAAUGGGCAGCUUCAACAACAGUUUUGCUCACAAGCUAAACAAUCACCAAUGCAGUGCUUUUGUAAAGGUUUUGCGUACUUAAUCUUUUGCAAGGGAAUCAACCAGUGACACAUGGCACAUCUUCGACUAGGCAAUGACAUUUCCAUACUUUUGCCUCUGUCUCUGUUGCUGCUUUUCAGAGAUCUGACCACUUGGCACAACCCCAAGCGAUGAGCACACUGAUGUCCUCUUUUUUUUUGGGGGGGUUGUACAGCAGAAAAGGUUCUGCAAGUUCUAUCGUCAUAGCCAAUUGAAUUUGAACGUGGAGACAGUGGAUUCAUGUCUGUCAAAUACCGGAUCGUCUGGAUGAUGAGUGUUAACAAGAAGCCAAUGCCAAUCCCCGGCGCAUGGUGCAGGUGGUUUGUCUCAUUUAUGUCACCAAGCACAGGGACAGGAGGCAAGAAGAACCUGGGUUUGUGUUGAGUGAUUUCCCUCCCUUGCUCUUGGAGCUGUCUGCAUCACUUCCGAGUAGAGAGUUGGGAGCCUCUGCAACUUCUUCUGAUUAGGUUCUCUGUCAUUUUCCCUACUGCAUUCUUGAAGUAGGUUUCUGUGGUGCAGCAGAUGAAAUCUUUCGGCCACUUGUGUUCUUUAGGUUUCUUUCCAUCUUUUGUAUGGGAAAGACACAGCUCAUUAUGUUGUGUUUGUUGGCUCUCUUAUUUUAACCUGCAAAUAGCUCUCCCGGGAUGUUGCAUGCAGUUGUUGGUUGGCUGGAUCACGAGUUAAAUAAGAAAAGGAGCUGCCUUUGUAGGAUUCCAAGAACCAUGCAAGUGGGCACUGGCCCAUGGGGCUUUGCUCUGAUCCUAUAUCUCCAAGCAAGCAAGUUGGCGAAUGGCGUGCUUGGAGACGAUGGCUGAUCAUGGCGGCGGCCGGGAUCAGCAGUUGCAGCCUCUGACCGCCGCCGAACACGGUUCCUUCCACGGCCUCACGCUCAACGAGGUCCAGAGCCGCCUGGGGGAGCCCCUGCACGGCCUGAGCCUCGGCGACCUCCUCGAGCGUGCCCCUCUAGUCGCCGACGGGCUCCGUUGCAGUGGGAGCGGCGGCGUGCCGCGUGCCCUGAGCAACAAGACCAUUGUCGAGGCGUGGAGGGACAUCCAGCUGCGGCACGAGGAGGGGAGCAGUGAACGCGCUGUGCUCGGCGAAAUGACCGUCGAGGACUUCUUGCCGAAAGCGGGCGCGGCUGCACAAGGCACGGAUUCUGGUGUUGCGGACGCUCAUGCAGUGCGUUCCCCCGGCCGAGGGAGCAAUUCGUCGGCUGCUGCAGCGACCGCGCCGCCGCGUUCAAGACGACGGAGGAGCGUAGCAACAGAGGACGUGGCCGAGAAGAUGGUAGAGCGGAGGCAGAAGAGAAUGAUCAAGAACCGGGAGUCAGCUGCUCGAUCUCGAGCAAGGAGGCAGGCUUACACGAACGAGCUAGAGAACAAGGUCGUCCUCCUUGAAGAAGAGAACCAAAGACUCGGGAAACACAAGGAAUUAGAAGCAGUAGAACGUAACAUGCCACAUCCAGAUCCGAAACACCAGCUCCGACGGUACGAGUUCAGCUCCAUUCUGACCAUGUCAAUAUCGAUCUUUGAUGAGGUAAUCCGGUGAAACAUUUGCCCAUCUGUUACGUGAGCUAUCGAGCUCGAUAUGUUCACGAGGGAGAUGGUGGAAGCUCAACAGGCCGUGGCUGCCGUGUUUGUUUCGGCUUCCUAGCAUCGAAUGCUGUCUGUGCUCUCUUUGUGGUGCUAAUGGAUGCUUUUACUUUGGAGAUGGGAUGUGAUUUAGUUCUUUCUUCAAUGUCUCGAUGAGAUUUAGUUCAUCACAUUGAACUUGUAAAAUGAGUUAUUCCUUCUUCGAUUGCCAAUGCUUCAUAGGAUUUCGCAUUAAAA